AUGGGAUUUUCAGAACUACGAUUUGAAAUCCUUGCGAAAAUUGCUGAUAAUCUGUCGAGGCGGGCUAAUCUUUCUUGUGCCCUUACGUGUAAAGGAUGGAGAUAUGCGUUUAAAAAGGCUCUAUGCAGAGAUAAGCGUUUUGUAUCUUACGACGACGCCCUAACGCUUACCAACAUUAUAAAAGAUUUCGAAAAUGUACCCACAUUACACGGCAUUUGGGUUCCCAAUCUGCACAUACCCCAUUAUUUCUCUGUGACAGAAUUAUUAGAUAUAGAAUUUUCCGAUUUAUUAAGAUACCUGCCAAACUUGAAGUGCCUGGAUGUACCUAUUAUAUUCCGUAAAUAUAUUCACACAGAGCCACCAAUAUCAGACAACGCACGAUAUGAGCUACAACCAGCGAAAAUCCCACUCGGCACUGAGAAAAAAAUAUCAGACAACGUAUGGAAGUCUCUAGAAAGUUUAAGAAUUCAUUGCAAAGGAACUAGUGAGCUACAGCUAGCAAAAGAUCUAGUCGAAUUUGUAAAUGCGUAUAGCAUGCUCCAGAGAUUAGACAUUUUUGAUGACGCCGGCUCUCGUGGAACGUUUUUUACUCCUCUCUACUUCCCUGAGUUUGUCUUCUAA